CAGAAAAGCGUCCAAUGAAAAAAUAAACACUGCUACAUUUGAAUGGCACGAAAAGAGUUCAGCUUAUAGAGACCUUAUAGAUAAACUUGUAUCAGGUUCCAUGUUCCAUCUUGCUCAUGAAAAUACAAGAUAUUUACCAUAGUAUUGCAGAUCUAAAAAGAAAUCAUGUUGGAGACGUUAACCAAUAAUAUACCUCUCACAAUAACCAGUCAAGCUUUAAUCGUGGGAUUAACAAUUGGAAUGAUUUCCUAUAGAUUUAUUGGGAAAAAAUAUAAACUACCACCCGGUCCAUGGGGGCCGCCAUUUUUUGGAAAUCUCUGGUCCUUCCGAUCUGAAUCUUUGUUUCGUCUGCUGUGUAAAUGGAAAGUAAAAUAUGGUCCGAUUAUAACUGUACACUUUGGUCCAGUUAAAUGUGUCACACUGAACAGUACCGAGGUCGUGAGAGAGGCUUUGAUCAAGAAAGAUAUAGACUUUGCCGGAAGAUUGAAAACACAUACAUUUGAGCGUUUGACAAAUGGUUAUAAAGACAUUGUGUUUGGUGAUUUUGGUACGGAAUGGAAAGUUUUGAGGAAAGUUGCUCUUCAAGGAAUGAGACAAUUUGCUAGUGGUGAAAAGCUUGGAGAAAAACUUCAUGAAUCAGGAAGUAAAGUGUUUAAAUUAAUGAGGGAAAAGGAAGGUGAAGUUCUUGAUAUAGAGAAACACAUCACAUUGUUCAUAGUGAAUUUUAUAUAUGGACUCUGUUUUCAUAAAAGUUUUGAAAUAGAUGAUAAGGAGUUUUUGUAUAUACUUCAACUUUUUACCAAAAUAUCAGCAGAGUUUGGAAACGGAUUGUGGGAAGACAUUAUUCCACUCCUCAGGUACUAUCCUACUAAGAAGUAUAUAAGAAUAAUGGAUGCAUUCGACUAUUUGAAUGACCUUUUGAUCAAGGAACACGAAAAUCACAAGAAAUCUUUUUCUACAGACGACAUGAAAGAUCUAACAGAUUAUCUGAUCAAUGCUAGAAAUGAAGCAAUAGCUGAAGACCCAGCUGUAGAACAGAUGAUAACAGAUCAACAUAUCGUAGAGACAUUGAAGGACAUUUUUACAGCCGGUGUUGAUACCACAAGACAAACUUUAACUUGGACCAUCUAUUUACUGGUUCAACAUCCCGAAAUCCAGAAAAAGGCACAAGAAGAAAUCGAUCAAGUUCUCGAUGCAGGCCAACAACCUUCUAUAUCAGAUAAAGAGAGAUUACCCUAUACUGAAGCUGUUUUACAUGAAAGUAUGAGAUUUAUGCCAGUCGUACCAUUGGGUGUUCCUCAUUCUACAUUAUGUGACACAACCCUAGGUGAAUAUGAUAUUCCAAAAGGUACAAUGGUAAUGGUAAAUCAUUAUGCUUUACACAUGGACAAAGAUGUUUGGGGUGAUCCUGAGGUAUUUAGACCAGAAAGACUACUAGAUGAAGAUGGUUCAUUGGCUCCUAAACCCAUGUCCUGGUUACCUUUCUCUUGUGGACGUAGAAAUUGUCUGGGUGAAACAAUCGCCCGACCAGAAAUGUUGCUAGUAUUGGCGAUGUUAUUGAGAAAUUUCUCAUUUAGUUGUGCAGAAGGUAAAAUAAUGAAUAUGACACCAUUAGAGUCGACAAUCAGCCUUCCUCCACCCCAAAAUGAUCUUAUCGCAGAAGUUCGAAAAUGAAAGUUGAAAUUUUGUUCAAAUUGUGCCGUUUCCUAAAUUAUUCAAUAAGAAAAACUUUUGAUAUUCAAGAGCUUCUACUUCAAUCUUUGUAAAGUACCUAUGUGCCAACAUUUCUUGACGAUUAAGUACCCUAUCUGUACACUCUAAAUAAGAUAUUUCCAUCUUCAAAUAAACUAAAAAAAAGGGGACAAAAUUUAGAGCCAAGGAAUUUGAUCGUUUAUCUGUUACUAACAUUCUAUGGUUCUUAUAAGCUACAAGCUGCAAAAAAACGAACAGAUCGGGUGUUACCUGAAUGCUUUGUAAAGAGUAAAUGUAUAAAAACUGUUUCUUGUAGGCACGUUAAAGGGAUACUACGUCUUGGAAUAAACAUAAAAUUUAAAAAUUUUAAACAUGGCCAAAAAGAGCAUAUAUUCAUCAGUAGAUAUACCUGGUGUCAUAAAUAACAUAACAUGAUCCAAAAGACUUAAUAAAAAUGCAAUAAACUAAUGAAAAACGCUUAAUAUUAUGAUUACUUGAAUUGUAGUAUGUAAUUAACCUAGAAGUAGUACAUGUAUAUCCAUAUAACUUUUGUUUUUAAUAUUUACCUUCCAGUUGAUACCUCGGUAUGAAGAAAACUUAACAACGAACUUAUUUUUCCUAAUAUAUUAUCCUUUUGUACAGUGCUUUAAAAACACUUUCAGUGCUCGGACUGCUUGGCCAAGGUGAUCAUCACACCAUAUCGAUCAUCUUAUGCGUAUUGUUACGAAUAAGAAUAGUUGUGACCACUUUUAUUAUUCGGAACCAUACAAGACUGUUAAUCGCAAUGGUGUGAGGGCACCUUUACAUAUUAUAUAUUUUAAUGAAAAUAAGCUGUUAAAAAAAUAUGAAACUAGCUCUUAGUGCGUUUUCGGAAACUGCGGAAACUUGAUUUUCAUGGCAUACAUGUAACAUAUUUCACACUUAUUUAUAAAGGGGAUGAAAUACGUUAUUAUGUUGAUAUAUGAUUUUAUACUAGAAUUAAAUUCAAAAGAUUUUUUUCAUG